AUGAAUGGACUCACUUUGGCAAGAAAGAUACUUCGAGCCGGUUACUUGAUGAGAGAUAUAUGUGAGCAUUUUAAGAUCACUCACCGAAACUCAACUGCAUAUCGCCCCCAAAUGAACGGAGCUGUAGAGGCCGCCAAUAAGAAUAUCAAGAAAAUUCUAAGGAAAAUGACUGACAAUCACCGAGGUUGGCAUGAGACGUUGCCACAUGCUUUAUUGGGUUAUCGAACGGCUGUCAGAUGGUUGACUGGAGCUACUUCAUACUUGCUAGUGUAUGGAACAGAAGCAGUCAUACUUACUGAAGUUGAAAUACCUUUAUUGAGAUUCAUCCAAGAAGCUGAGUUGAGUAAUGCUGGAUGGGUGAGAAAGAGAAUUGGUCAGUUGACAUUGAUCGAUGAGAAGAGAAUGGUUGUCGUUUGCAUGUGCUUUUACACGAUUUUAACUGCUGCCCAGUACUUACAGCUGCGGUUGGCUCGCGUGGAUGGGCGCCACGUCGAGCAUAACGAUGUUGGUAAUCAAUCCAAGCCAUCCGUUUUUCCCUCAUCUGAUUUCGUGGGGAAUUUGUUUGAAGAUUCGUACAAAGAGCCAGCUGGUUUUGGUCCUCGAGGUUUUGAAAUCGAUUGUGGUUUGGAAAAUCUUGACUUUGCCCUUUUGUUGCCCCUCUGUUGA